CGCAUAAUAGCAGUCUAGUCGGACAACCUCGGAGCGGAUUUAGGUUUUGACAGUUACGAAGAGGAAAAAGUGGAAAAGGGGCGUUCUUUAUCUUCUUCAAGAUCCUCUUUCUUUCUCUUCCUGUGAUUCAUCGGACAGCUGCCUCCUCCCUAGGGCUUAUGCUUACGCCAACUGAGGUUUCUUAUUAAGUUGUGGUCGAGGGUUAUUUUCAACGAGAGUGAGAUAGUGCUGUGAAGGUCGCUUCUUCUCUACUCCACGCUCUGUUAAGUUCUUUUAGGUUUCAGUUCGAGCGGGUUUGAUUGAACUUGCGAUUCCUGAGGGGUUUGGAUGAAAUUGAGGGGGAUUUAUGGCGGCGUUGUUGAACUUUGACACAUUUACGUUGGUGUCGUAGAAAGGAAGGGGACGUGCAGAUUGAGGUUUGUGGGAGAAGAAGAGCUUCUUCUUGGGUAGAAAGCAAAGAUGAUUGCUGAGAAACCCAGUUGGGUUAAGCAUGAGGGAAUGCAGAUUUUCUCCAUCGAUAUCCAGCCCGGUGGCCUCAGGUUUGCCACUGGUGGAGGUGACCAUAAGGUCAGGAUAUGGAAUAUGAAAUCUGUUAGCAGGAAUUUAGAAGAGAAUGAUGAAUCACAGAGGCUAUUAGCGACUCUACGCGAUCAUUUUGGUUCGGUUAAUUGUGUGAGGUGGGCGAAGCAUGGCCGUUAUGUUGCAUCUGGUUCCGAUGAUCAGGUGAUCUUAGUUCAUGAAAAGAAGCCUGGUUCUGGAACCACAGAGUUUGGUAGUGGGGAGCCCCCAGACGUGGAGAAUUGGAAGGUUGCAUUGACUUUGAGAGGGCAUAGCGCUGAUGUGGUGGAUCUCAACUGGUCGCCGGAUGAUUCCACACUGGCUAGUGGAAGUUUGGACAACACAGUUCAUGUCUGGAAUAUGAGCAAUGGAAUAUGCACGGCCGUUCUUAGAGGUCACUCUAGCCUAGUUAAAGGAGUUGCUUGGGAUCCCAUUGGCUCUUUCAUAGCAAGUCAAUCAGAUGAUAAGACUGUGAUAAUCUGGAGAACGAGUGACUGGAGCUUGGCUCACAGAACCGAUGGCCACUGGGCGAAAUCACUUGGAUCGACUUUUUUCAGGCGUCUUGGCUGGUCACCUUGUGGCCAUUUCAUAACGACCACACAUGGUUUCCAGAAGCCAAGGCAUUCUGCUCCUGUUCUGGAGAGAGGAGAGUGGGCUGCAACAUUUGACUUCCUUGGACACAAUGCUCCCAUAAUAGUCGUGAAGUUUAACCAUUCAAUGUUUAGAAGAAACACAUCGAAUGCUCAAGAGGCUAAAACUGCAGCAGUUGGAUGGACUAAUGGGGCGUCAAAGACUGCAAGCAAAGAGUCUCAACCAUACAAUGUUAUUGCAAUUGGUAGUCAGGAUCGAACAAUAACCGUAUGGACGACUGCAAGUCCUCGCCCUCUUUUUGUGGCCAAGCACUUCUUCAUGCAAAGUGUUGUCGACCUGUCCUGGAGCCCUGAUGGAUACUCGCUCUUCGCCUGUUCAUUGGAUGGAUCAGUGGCUACUUUCCAUUUUGAUGCAAAAGAACUUGGACAAAAGCUGAGUGAUACUGAACUAAGUGAGUUAAAGAGAAGCCGAUAUGGUGAUGUCAAAGGCAGACAGGCAAACUUGGCAGAGAGUGCUGAACAAUUGUUGCUCGAGGCAGCCUCAGCUAAGCAGACAGCCAGCAAAAAGGUGGCUGUAGACAAUAAGCAAAAUGAGCCACCUAUAAAAUCUUCAGUUGAGUUAGUGCCCAUUACAAAGCCACCUGAGCCCCAAGUCGAUGCCGAGAAGAAAGGUGGAGGAGUGGUCACUAAUAAUGAUGGUUUGAAUAAUAAAGUCUCAACUUCUGCUCGAGUUUCUAGCCCUGUGAAACAACGAGAAUACAGGCGCCCUGAUGGCAGGAAGAGAAUAAUUCCAGAAGCACUUGGUGUGCCAAGUCAGCCAAAUACGGUAUCUGCAGGGGUCCAUGUUGCUCAAGCCCUUGAGUUCCCCUCUACAGCAACUGAUCUCAGAAAGGAAGAAAAUGGGUUAGUUCCCAUUGAUGUUGUUGGCAUGCAGGCUGGCGCACAUAGAGGAGCAGUUGGCAGAAGCUCCAAUUUGAAGGAACGAGGCGGUUUUACUGCUAGAGCUACCAUUACAGAGAGUUUGGUUAUUGAAAAGGUGGCUCCAGAAGCAUCUUCACUUGGGGACAGUGGAACCAUCAGUGUUGAACAGUCUGGUAGUGUGAAAGCAUCUAGCUCCUCUAGUGCUGGUAGUAAUGCACUUUCAAUCAGGGUGUUUGAUAAGAGAGUAGGUGAAGACAAUUUACCGAUAUGCUUGGAAGCUCACCUUAGAGAACGUGCAGUAACUGAUGUUUUUGGUAAUGCAAAGACUAGUACAAUAAAGGAAACUGAAGUUUCUUGUACCAAAGGGGCCCAAACCCUUUGGUCUGAUAGGAUAUCUGGAAAAGUAACCGUGUUAGCUGGAAAUGCCAACUUUUGGGCUGUUGGUUGUGAAGAUGGUUGUCUACAGAUCUACACAAAAUGUGGGAGGCGUGCAAUGCCAACAAUGAUGACAGGAUCAGCUGCAACUUUUGUAGACUGCGAUGAGAACUGGAAGUUGUUGUUGGUCACACAGAAGGGAUCUUUAUAUAUAUGGGAUCUCUUCAGGCGCAGCUGUCUUCUUCAGGACUCAUUAACAUCUCUGGUCAUUUCAGAUCCAAAAUCCUCUACAAAAGGCACAAUCAAAGUUAUAUCAGCCAAGUUAUCAAAGUCUGGUUCACCUUUGGUUGUUCUGGACACUCGUCAUGCUUUCCUUUUUGACACGAGCCUUAGGUGUUGGCUGAGGGUGGCAGACGAUUGCUUUCCUACUUCUAAUUUUGCUAGCUCGUGGAAUUUGGGUUCUGUUCAUAGUGGUGAGUUGUCUGCAUUGCAAGUCGAAGUCAGAAAAUAUAUGGGCAGAAAACCUAGUUGGAACAGGGUGACGGAUGAUGGAAUACAGACGCGUGCCCAUUUGGAGGCACAGUUAGCAUCAAGUUUGGCUUUGAAGUCCCCAAAUGAAUACCGCCAGUGCCUUCUAUCUUACAUACGCUUCCUAGCAAGAGAAGCAGACGAGUCACGAUUGCGUGAAGUAUGUGAAAGUUUCCUAGGACCUCCUACCGGGAUGGCAGAAGCAGCAACUUCUUCUUCGGACACCAAGAACGUGGCUUGGGAUCCUUGUGUACUUGGGAUGAGAAAGCAGAAACUCCUGAGAGAAGACAUUCUUCCAGCAAUGGCAUGCAACAGAAAAGUACAGAGGUUGCUCAAUGAAUUCAUGGAUCUCUUGUCCGAAUACGAAGGUGCCGAGGCUGACACUAACAACAUUAAUCAGAAAAAUUCUGCUCCGCUGCUACCUGGACCCCACGAGGCUGUCGAAAAGAUGGAUGUUGACCCGCCAGCACCAAAUAAUGAGACAACUCAUCAGCAAGAACCCGUUAAACCAGUGACCGAUGCUAACAAGGAUCCUGUUCCGAUGCUUGCUGACAAAGACCCUUGUCCCGGUGUCAUUACAGGUGAUGACAACAAGAAUCCUGAUGAUCUGUGUGCCUCAAAGGAGAAAACCCCUGAUGAUUUGAGAGCCUCAAACGACAAGAACCCCGAUGAUCUGUGUAUCUCAAAGGAGAAGAACCCUGAUGAUUUGAGAGCCUCAAAUGACAAGAACCCCGAUGAUCCGAGUCCCUCAAAUGACAAGAACUGUAACCAGCUGCCAGUAGCAGUAAAUCAAGUAGAUUCUGCUACUUUAGAUGAGGAUUUGGUUGCCGAAGAUUCUCUUGCUGAAGAAGAUUAACCAUAUCAUAGGACAUGGUAGUACAAUGGAUAUAUAGGUACAAAGCUGCAAUUUGUUGCCUGCUAUUUGCAGCUUCUAAGGACAGCUUCCCGAAGGGGACAGGGAAAGCAAGCAUCAGCUACUGAAUCAUGUCUCGACUCCUUUUGUUUUCGUUGCUGCAGCUUCUUCUUAUGUAAUAGAUACUAGUUCUAAUUGGUUAGUUUAAAGUUUCUUUUCCCUGUGGAUUCUUUGAGACUAAUUAUAAUCAAUCGAGCUUAGUGUUGGUUUUUCCAUGUGUCUUUUGCUUGAUAGGUGGUUGAAGAAGCAGAAUUCUGCAGAAGAUAACUAGACUACUGCAUUGGGCUUUUGAUGUAGGCUUUUUGUAAGUAUCAAAGUGGGUUGUUGCAUAGGGCUGAAAUCAAUGUCUUAUUCUUAUAGUAUCAUUUUUCAUUUUUACGUUCUCACGACUAUUUCAAUGAAAUAAGGUUUUAUGUUUAAAGAGAUUUUGCAUAAAUGACUUGAACCCAAUUUUCAAUUUGCACGGUUAAAUGUCGGCCUAAUUUUAUUAUAAUCUCUCUAAUUUAAAAGUACAAAACUCGAACUUUUUUCGAUCAAGAUAUUGCUCGCUUUGGAUCUAGACCCAGUGGCGGAGCCACUUGGAGAGGAGGGGGUGCUUUGCACCCCCCUUGGGUUUGGAGGAAAAAUUUCCGAGUAGGGGUAUAUACAAAUUCGAACCAAUGACCAUUCAGUUGCAGGAAGAAUUUCUUAUCAUUUCGAUCGAGUGAGUUUUGUUAUGUAAUGCACUUUCGUCUUUAUUUAUAGUAAUAAAUUUUUGUCUUUUGUUUAAAUUCGCUCAUUUUUUUUAGCUCUACAACAGAGAAAUUUCUUGUCUUUUGUUUAAACAAAGUUGAAAGUGAAGAAGUACCAAUUGAAGUUCACUUGUUUGUUUCACAAAAUCAAUUCCAAGGUACUUCUGAGUUCUAAUUUGUAAUAUUUGAUGAAUGGAAGUCUUGAUUUGUAUGUACUGAACUUAUUUGUUUGACGUUGUAACCGGUGUACGUGAAACUAUUUUAAUGUAAUUGUGUGAAUUUAGAGUAUUGCGUUGUUGACUUUUUGUUUAAUUUAAAGUUGACUUUUCUAUUGUAUAUGUGAUUUUUUAUGAUAUGAUAAAGACACUCCCUUGGCCAAUUUCCUGGCUCCGCCACUGUCUAGACUUGCACGAAUUUUAUCUUGAUCAUGUACUUUACUCGUUGAUUUUGUAUGACUAUCAAGCGCUUAGUUAUGAAUAAAAUUUAAAAUGCGCUACGUCCAUUCUUAAAAAAUAAUAUUGCAUUGUAAUUUUAAGCUUGAUUGUACCCCAAAUGAAGAGUUAACCAUAAAUUUGCCAAACACUCUUUUCAUUAAAAAAAAAUUGGUUUCUUCAACCCAUUCCUUGUAUUCUCAAUCACAAUCUUCAUUAUUAUAAAGGCCCAAUAUCUUCUUUCUUCAUGUUACUUACAGUUGCCAAUCCAUUUUAUAUAAUUUAAAAGAAAAAAAUGAUAGCCCUCAAGCAAAGGGAAAGCAAAGAAUUUUGUGUUAAAUCAAGAAAAAGUCAAGCAAAGAGACAACACAAUCUGAGACACAAACAAUAACAUAAAUCUGAGGCAGCCAACACACAAACAAAUAUCUUGAAGUGUGAGCCAGUAAUGGCUAAGAAAUCAAUCCCAAACUUUUAUGUAAUCAUUAAUUUUUUUUUUUUUACAAGAAGAAGAGAUUAUAAUAUAUUCAGUAUUGUUGUCGUGACUGAUCAUCAUUAGGUUAGGUCUAUAUAUAUAACCAAGUGGCCUGGCAAAGACAUUAUUCCUUUCUUCUCGGUUUGAGGAAAGAAUGAGUAUUAAGAUAUGAUUUAGUUUUUUAAAUUCGAUUGUAAAACUUUUAAGUUACAUGCAAUGCAUGGUGGUUUCAUUAAUUCAACGAGCGUUGAAUUAAAAUAAAAUGUAGAGCUGAAA